AGCCUUUCAGCGCCGCUGGUACUUAAUGCCUGGCAGCAGACGGUGGCAGAUAAGAAAAGAGCUGGCAAUAACUCAUCGGAGGCUCCUGGCUUUUCUACGGCUCUUUCUGGAAGCUUCGUGCCCACCCUGUAGCCUCCUGAUCAGCCAUCAAUCAGGAAAAGUCUUCGGACCACUGUGGCUUCCUGAAUGUUCGAUAUCCCCACUCCUGUGCCCUCAGACAUGGCAGACAACUGGCUGGCCUACCAGGCAGAGAGUGAAGUAGGGCAAGAAUCCCUCUCCAGCUCAGUGAACCUGGACGACAGUCUGACCAGUCUUCAGUGGCUACAAGAAUUUUCCAUUAUCAAUGCCAAUGUGGGCAAGACCCCCUCCUCAUCUGUAGACUCUAAUGGGUAUCGUCAUUUGCCAGGCUCUGCUGCCCCCUGCUCACCGCUGGCAGCUGAUCCUGCCUGCCUAGGAAUGCCUCACACCCCAGGAAAGCCUACAUCAUCUUCUACCUCAAGGGCGGCCCACCUGGGUCUCCAACCUCUGGAGGAGAUUGACUACAAGACCAACCCGCACGUUAAGCCACCAUACUCAUAUGCCACCCUCAUAUGCAUGGCAAUGCAAGCGAGCAAGAAGAGCAAGAUUACACUUUCGGCCAUCUACAAGUGGAUCACAGAUAACUUCUGCUACUUCCGGCACGCAGACCCCACUUGGCAGAAUUCUAUCAGACACAACCUAUCUCUGAAUAAGUGCUUCAUUAAAGUUCCUCGUGAGAAAGAUGAGCCAGGAAAAGGUGGGUUUUGGAAGAUCGAUCCCCAAUACGCUGACCGCCUUAUGAAUGGUGCCAUUAAGAAGAGACGACUGCCACCUGUCCAGAUUCACCCAGCCUUUGCCGGCGCCCAUUCCACUUCCACCGACAAUAAUAUGGGUUCUGUCUGGCCUUUGAGUGUAAGCACCGAGUCCCAUCAGCUGUUGAAGGAGUUUGAGGAAGCCACCGGUGAACAAAACUGGAAUGGUGAACACGUAUGGAACAUGGUGGAAAACAAAAGUCACAAGCGCAAGCAGCCAUUGCCUAAGCGGAUGUUUAAAGCUCCCCGCUUAUCCAGUUCUCCUAUGCUAUCCCAUGACGACCAGACAGAACUCGGACCCCUAAAAGGAGAUUUUGACUGGGAAGUCAUUUUUGAAUCAAACAUCGGUGACAACUUCUCUGCAUUUGAGGACCUAGAAGUGACUCCACCGCUGAGCCCAGUCAGCCAAUCUGUUGACCUCACAGUCCACGGUAAGCACAUUGACUGUCCUCAGCAGUGGUAUCCUAUGGGGCAGGACCAAGUAGCAGUUCAGAACAGUUUGGAUUUUGAUGAAACAUUCCUGGCCACCUCAUUUCUCCAGCACCCAUGGGACGAGGACAGGAAUGACUACAUUUCAAACUCUUCCAACCUAGAUCAGCUGUUCGAUCUCAAUGAAGAAUUCCCCCCAGGACUGAAUGACUGGAACUCCAUGGGUUCCUAUUUACAAUAAUGGCACCAUCUUGGACUUUGUAAGACGUGUGUACAUUGUAGACUUACAUAUAGAUAUACCAAUACAUUUUAUAUUUACAUUUAUCUGUCGUUGAACUCGUGUAAAGAGGAAGACGUUCAGACGUUUACAUGUCUAACAAAAGGGAUAUAGAACCUCCAAUGUGAGACAGCAUCUUUACCGAAUCCAGGGGGAAAUGGUCUACAGGACAGCAUGAACUCUGGACAUGGAGAAGACCCUUCCCCUAUUUCUCAAUCAAAUGUACAGUACUUAGUAUAAAGACAAAGAAAAUAUCAAACUUUUGUACUUAUUUUUCUACAGAAAAACAAAACAAAAAAGAAAGUAUGUUUUUUGAAAACGCUAUUUCUUUUAUUGUGACUUCAUUUCUGGUCUUUGGUGAACAGCUUGAGCAAGAUAUGUUUUAUUAUACGAAAUCAUGAAAUGAUCAAUUCUUAAUAAUGUGCAAUGUAUUCUCUUCAUCUGACGUGGUUUGUACUGACCUCCAGCAAAUUGAUGGGGAGCGUAGGUUAUUUUCCAUGUUGGAUCUUACAUAUUCCUACUGGUUGGAUGUCAGAACAAACCUUGUCAGAUACAUAUAUAUAUAUAUGUUGGGUGGUACGUGAAUGGGUGCUGCUACCAUUUUUCAGAGUUAUAAAAGUCUAUUCUUAAGAAUAUGUUUAAGCUUUUGCUGCCAGAGUCCUCAAAGUGUUGCGUACUCCUCUGGUGUUAAGAGUUAAGUAGUUUGCUUCACUUGGAUUCUGAUAUGUGGAAGGGGAACAAAUGUGCAUGUGUAUGUGUGUGUAUGUGAAUAGAGCUGGCACCAGGGAACAAUGAGGAGUUUAUGACUGUUCACCGCCUAUUUGAAUGGCUUAAACAUUGUUAUGCAAUUUCAAUUGGGGUGGGAAUCAGGGUUGAAUACUGGGAAGAUUGAAGGACAGCACUCUUGAAUGGACAUUGAAUUUUCUCCUAUGGAUUAAAAUAAAUGCAUUUUUCUUUAAAUUAAUUAC